CUCACCAAUGUGGGCAUCAACGUGGCGAACAUCUCGUUCGCCACCCUCACCAUGGAGAGCGACAAGUUCAUCUGCGUCAGGGAGAAGGUGGGCGAGUCCUCCCAAGUCGUCAUCAUCGACAUGGCGGACCCGAACAACCCCAUCCGCCGGCCCAUCACGGCGGAGAGCGCCAUCAUGAACCCCGCUUCCAAAGUCAUCGCCCUCAAAGGCAAGGCGGGGGUCGAGGCGCAGAAGACCCUGCAGAUCUUCAACAUCGAGAUGAAGUCCAAGAUGAAGGCGCACACCAUGACGGAGGACGUCAUAUUUUGGAAGUGGAUCAGCCCCAAUACUCUGGCGUUGGUGACGGAGACCUCCGUCUAUCACUGGUCCAUGGAGGGGGACUCCACGCCGCAGAAGAUGUUCGAUCG